CCUAUUCUCCUUAAACUAUGUUUAGUUAUGAAUGUCCAUGUGUCGAUCAGUUCAUGUGUCGAUCAGUUCAUGUGUCGAUGCUUAGAAAAAUGAAACAUGGAAACACAAUGACGAUAUUUGUCAACUGUAUAAUUCUUGCUGCUGAUUUGAGUAUAGGCAUGUGCCAGAAGAUGAAUGAGUGCCCGUCCAACCUACCAAAAGACUCUCACCUCAAGGUGUUCGGAGGCGCUUGCUACCAGUUUGCUUUGUCUUAUUCGAGGACUCACUCCGAGGCCAAACAAAAUUGUGAAAGUCAAGGUGGGACUCUGGCGCUGGUCAAGACACAGGAUGUCCAGAACUUCCUCUUCACCACACUGACCAACGACUUCCGAGAUUAUUUCGACAAAGUCUGGAUAGGCCUGAGUGAUAUGGACAAGGAAAAAGAGUUCAAAUGGGACGAUGGAACUACCUUGACCUACAGUAAUUGGGGACACCUGUCCACCCACGAUAUCGACGACUGUGUUCUAAUGGAUCUCAGAAAUGAUGGCAAAUGGACAGAAUAUGCUUGUGAUCAAUCCCCUUUCUUGAUUUUUUUCACACAAAACGAGAAGCACCCCUACAUUUGUCAGUACAGUUUAGCGGCUAGCAGCAACGCACACUCCACAGUCACAGCCACUACGCUGGCAAGAACCACCACACCCGACAGCAACGCAUCAGGCAGCUCCACAAGUGAUGCCACAACCAUCGAUACCGUCUCCGGAAUAACUGACACCACCGUACUGAUCAUGUCCAACUCCUGUCCGGCUUUCUCCUGUGAUCUUGAUUGUGGCAUGAAUGGUUUCCAGAAAAACGAAACUUCGGGUUGUUCUUUGUGUCAAUGUGCUGUUUAGGUUAAUGUCAGAAACAUUCAUUCCGCUGUUCGUUGUGUCAAUCGGCUGUUUAAAUUAAUGUCAGAAACAUUCAUUCAGCUUUCAGCUGUUCGUUGUGUCAAUCGGCUGUUUAAAUUAAUGUCAGAAACAUUCAUUCAGCUUUCAGAUGUUCGGUGUGUCAAUGUGCUGUUUAAGUUAAUAUCAUAAAUAUUCAUUCAACUUAUAAUUCUUUCAGCACAAAUAAAACUUAACUAAAUACAUCAAA